GAGAACGGGAAGGUCUUCAGAUAAGCCACAGCAAGAAAAAAGACUUGCCGCAGCCGGAUCGCGGGAAGGUUUCCUGCGAAGGGAGUCACUGGGGGAUAAGAACAAAAUUGGAGUCCAGGCGGUACUUUUAAGACCAACGCAGUUUUCUUCAAGGAUCUUCAUUGCUGUCGGGUGGCCAUCUAGCCUCUGCUUAAAAACCUCCCGGGGAAGGAGAGCCCACCACCUCCCAAGGAAGCCUGUUCCACUGAAGAACCGCUCGAACGCCAAAUGAUAGAAAGCAUCUUACCACAGUCAAAGGUGACCCAAGAGAAGGGGAAAGAGAUGGAAGAGCAGAAUCCAGACACACCUGCAACUGGCAACACAGCAAGGAGAGUCCCCCAUCUCACCCAAGCUGGGAGUGGUGUUGAAUUCUGGGAAAGCCCAAUGCCAUAUAUUGGUGAUCAAUUCACUGCAAUCACAGAUGUACAUUGCCGUCAUUUCAGGCAAUUCCGCUAUCGUGAGGCUGAUGGGCCUCGAAAGGUUUGCAGCCAGCUCUAUGGACUUUGUAGCCAGUGGCUGAAGCCAGAGAAGCAGACCAAGAAGCAGAUCCUGGACCUGGUGAUCCUGGAGCAGUUCCUGGCCAUCCUGCCCCAGGAAAUUCAGUGCUGGGUCAGAGGAUGUGAGCCGGAGACCAGUUCCCAGGCGGUGGCCCUGGCCGAAAGUUUCCUCCUGAGUCAGGCAGAGGAGAAGAGGCAGGCAGAACAGAUGUGGGCACCAUCUGUGAAGAAAGAAGCAACAUUCCCUGAGGUGGAAGGAGUUUCCUUGGAGCAAGGGCAGAGGGCGCAGACCCAAGAUGCCCUCUCCUCUGGCAAUGGAGAGAUGCUGUUGAGCCCUCAUCUUUUCAGAAGUGUGGAAACAGCUGCUGCACCUCCAGUCGAGUGCCCCUUUUCCAUUGAGGAGGUGUCCAUCCAUUUCACCGAGGCAGAGUGGGCCCUGCUGGAUCCAGGGCAAAGAGCUCUCUACAGGGAAGUCAUGCUGGAGAACUAUGGGAAUGUGGCAUUUCUGGAAGCCAGAUGUCUAAGAGAGAAUUUGGUGGAGACAAACAACAGCCUAGCAUCCAAAGGAAGGCUGGAGAGCUCCUCAAGAGGAUCCCAAGAGCAUAUUUCCUUCCCAGAUCAGCUGACAGAGACAAAGGAUUGUCAGAGGAAUGAGGAGGGGGAGGAACUUCAUCAGCAAAAGCCAGACAGAGUAAACAAUGAAGACUUGAAAGAAAACAUCAGGAUUCGAGGCAGACCUAAGAGAACAAAAGGUGGCCUUAUGGUUGAGAAGCGAGAUGGAAGAAAGCAUAGUGUGCAUUUCCCAAAGCAUAGGAUAAUGAAAGCGAGUACAUCCAUUCAGUGUGGAAAGUACUUCCGAAAUAGAACACAGCUCCUUGUGCACCAACGAAUACACAAAGGGGAGAAACCUUUUGAAUGUUUGGACUGUGGAAAGAAAUUCAGCCAGAGUAGCCAUCUUCACCGGCAUAAAAGAACCCACACAGGGGAGAAACCUUUUGAAUGCUCUGAGUGUGGAAUGAAAUUCAGUCAGAGUGGCACUCUUCAGUUGCACCAAAGAACCCACACGGGGGAGAAACCCUUCGAAUGCUCAGACUGUGGAAAGAAAUUCAGUAGGAGUGGCAAUCUUCAACGGCAUCAGAGAACCCACUCUGCAGAGAAACCCUUUGAAUGCACAGUAUGCGGAAAGAGAUUCAGUCAGAGUGGCACUCUUCAACUGCACUAUAGCACCCACACAGGGGAGAAACCUUAUGAGUGCUCAGAAUGUGGAAAGAGAUUUAGGUUGAGUAACACUCUUCAAAAGCAUCUGACUAUACAUACAGGGGAGAAACCUUUUGAAUGCUCAGAGUGUGGAAAGAGAUUUAGUCAGAGUGGCAGUCUUCAACAACAUCUGACAACCCACACAGGGGAGAAACCUUUUGAAUGCUCAGAGUGUGGGAAGAGAUUCAGUCAGAGUUUCCAUCUGCAAAAGCAUCUAAGAACCCACACAGGGGAGAAACCUUUUCUGUGCUCAGUGUGUGGAAAGAAAUUCAGUCAGAGUGGCACUCUUCAACUGCACCGAAGAACUCACACAGGAGAGAAACCUUUUGAAUGCUUGGAGUGUGGAAAGAGAUUCACUGGGAGUGGCAGUUUUCAACAGCAUCAGAGAACUCAUACAGGAGAGAAACCUUUCGAAUGCUCAGUGUGCAGCAAGAAAUUCAGUCACAGUGGCAAUCUUCAACGGCAUCAAAUAACCCACACAGGGGAGAAAGCUUUUGAAUGUUCAGUGUGUGGAAAGAGAUUCAGUCAGAGUGGCACUCUUCAGCUGCACCAAAGAAUCCACACAGGGGAGAAACCUUUUGAGUGCUCACAGUGUAGAAAGAGAUUUACUUGGCGAGAACAACUUCAACAGCAUCAAAUAACCCACACAGGGCAGAAACCUUUUGAAUGCUCAGACUGUGGAAAGAGAUUUUGUUGGAGCAGCGCUCUUCGAAAUCAUGUAAGAACCCACACAGGGGAGAAGCCUUUUGAGUGCUCACAGUGUGGAAAGAGAUUUACUUGGAUAGACCAACUUGAACGUCAUCAAAUAACCCAUACAGGGCAGAAACCUUUUGAAUGCUCAGACUGUGGAAAGCGAUUCUGUUGGAGCAGUGGUCUUCGAAAACAUCUCAGAACCCAUAUGGGGAGAAACAUUUUGAACGCUCAGAGUGUGGAAAGAGAUUCAGUCGGAGUGGCCAUCUUCAACUGCAUCAAAGAACCCACACAAGGAGAAACCAUGUAACUGCUUAGCCUAUGAAAACAGCUUUUCUCCUAGUUCACACCUAAAAGACAACCACAGACCAUACGAAGCACUGAAAAGAUGUAAACUGUUGUAAAAAACUUGAAUCUACACAGAAACCUUACCCUAACAGGGAAGAAAUGUUAUAAAUGUCUGGACUUUGGAAAGAGCUUUGCCCAUGUUCAAAACCUCAAAAAGAUCCCACAGGGAAGAAAGCAAGGAUGGGCAAUGGGA